AAGCAGCGGCUGCUCGUCAUUAUCAUGGACUACUCUGCCUGCCGUGCACCAGCCGCUCUAUCAGAAUUCGGGGCACGGAACAUCUUCAUGGGCAAGCCUAGCCCUGUGGGCCUAGGCAGCGGCAUCACACAAAAGUACUUGCAGUGCUCGUACGGCAAGCUCAACAUCACGGCGUUCAAGGCAAUCACAGUGACCGCCAACUGCAGCAGCAAUGAGCCGGGGCCGUCAUUCUCUACAUGCCCCGUGUUGAGGUUCAUUAAGGACGGGAGCAGCGGUGCCAAGGACAUCCUUGGUGAAGACGCAUUCCUGUCGGACUUUAGUCAUUACGUCUAUGUUCUUCCGCCGGGGGUGAAUGAAUUCUGUCGCGGAGACUGGGCAGCAGUGCCGGGGCGGCAGAUUGUGCUGCGGACGUUGUUGGGCAGUUUGGAGCGCUGGUCGGCAACACUGGAGCUGACGCUUCACAACUUCGGUCUGUGGCACUCAUGGCAAGGCGGACAUGAGUUCGAGGACGGUUCAAGCCCCUCGGGCCGCAAAGACGUCUGCCCCAACGCCCCCGAGCUAGCCUACCUGGGCUGGACAUCGCCAGUGAAAGGCGGAGGCCAAGUCGACGCAAACACGCUGCCAGUGGGCACGGUCCGCAGCUUCAACCUGCCCGCCACCUACCUGACGUCGGACGGACACUUCGUUAGGGUUGUCCCCGACUGGUUGCCGACGUACAGCAACCGCACCGGUGCCAAGAACCUGUACAUCGCCGUACGAGUCAACAAGGGCGGUGAUGCGCUUCUGGCAGCGCCGUACGCAAACGCGGUCAAUGUCCACGAGGUCAACGCGACCAUGGACAAUGACGCCUCGAGGUACCCGUACACGGAUCGCAAAAUCAGCUUCAUCAAUUCGGCGGCACCCCGCAGCCAAGUCGUUCUGACCGAUUAUAAACUGGUCCUGUACGGCGGAUCUUGGGUCAGUACGGAUGUCCUCAGAGUGCACUUUUGCCGCUACCGUGAUUCCCCGCGGGAGUGUCCCUCCCUGGACUCCUUGGAGGCCGCCCUGCCACCGCCUCCCAGGAAGAACCCCCUACCGUCACCGAAGCAAUCGAAAGCGGCGGAUGCCCGCAGGCCGCCCCCGCCU